AUGAGUUUAAACAGUGUUCCCUCUAAAGUGGAGGUGAUGGGAUGGAAUCCCCAAAGCCUUGCUGACUACAUCAGGAGGCUUAAGUUAUCCGGCUGUGACAGAUUAGUGAUAAAGAGCAGCAUAAAUGGAGCACAGUUCAUGCAAAUGACUGCAUGUGACCUUCAAGUGUUCCCCAGCCUUUAUGUCCCAAUAAUCACUAAGAUCCAAAAUGAAAUCAACAAGAUGGACCAGAAGAAGGGGGGCUUUGGUCUUAAAUCAAAGGCACAGAAAUACCCAAAACAAGUAUUUGUACAGGAAGAACUUUGGGACUCUGAUGAGUUUGACAAUGACAGCGAUCAUGACUAUGAGAAAGGGGAAGACAGCUACAUCUGUGCUCUGACUGAGCCACAAACAGCUGAGCAAGAAGACAGUGACGAGGCCUAUGAAGAGAGCUGCGACGAGCCUUCCUCUGCAGACAUAAUAAAGCCACUUCGACUUCUGGGAUUGGCUAAACAUCAGGACAGUCACUACAGAGAUCCUGUUCAUGAGCCGACCCCUGCUGAAAGGACCUCAAAACCUCCACACCCUCAUCCACCAAGAAUGAGCCAUACCCCUCAGAGACCUUUCAAAGCACCAGCACCAGCCAGUCAACCCAAUCUGCCUAUCGACAGGAGCAAGAAGCCUGGGCACUCUGGCCCAUCCCAGACAGACCUUAAAAAAUCAAAGGGCAGCACUGACAGGGCUCCUGGAUCAUCCACAAGCAAGACCCCUAAACCAAGACCCCCGAAACACACAGAUGUGGCCAACAGAGCAGAUAAACCCGUUCCUCCAGUGCCAGUAGAGCUUUCUCAGGUUAAAAAUUCAAUACCAGGUCCAAGAAAGGGCUUGGAUCCCAGCUGGUAUGGCGGAAAGGUGACCAGACAUCAAGCUGAAGCUGCUCUCAGAGAGGUGAACAAGGAUGGGGCAUUUGUGGUAAGGGACAGCACACAAGGCGCGGUUGAGCACCCCUACACCCUAAUGCUGCUGAAAGAAGGCAGGGUUUACAACAUUAUGAUUCGUAACCAAGGCAACUCCUACUCCCUCGGCACUGGCCUCAAAAAUACCAAGAGUUUCCCUGGGGUGAAGGAGAUGAUUACCCAUCACACACACACUCCGCUGCUGCUCAUUGAUGCCACAGACCAGAGCUCUGAAGCACCGAGCCAGUGUUGUCUGCUGCACCCUGCGGGACUCUGACCAGCACCAACACCAAGCUUAAUGUGGGUGUUUGCAUCUGCCUCUGUAUGCUAAUUUGUGCGCAUGCAUACUUGUGGCUUUUUUAGAAGCCUUUUUGGAACCAAACAAACGUCACAA